AUGGAUUCGGGAGGCGGAGGAGGGAGCGGCGCGCACAAAGCAGCCUCGGGCUCCGCGCCCUCGCCGGCGCCACCGGCGCCUAAUCCCACGGCGAUGCUCUCGGCGCUCAUGAGCAAGCGCGCCAAGCUCCAGGAGGAGCUCCGCUCCAUCGAGCGCCAGGUUUAUGAUAUGGAGACCACCUACCUACAAGAGUCUAAUCAAUUUGGAAGUGUUCUGAAGGGUUUCGAAUCUUUUUUGUCAUCCUCAAAAAACACCUCUAACGUUAAGCGCUCUCGGAAAUUUCAGGCUGACGAGAGGUUAUUCUCUCUAUCAUCAGUUACUUCUCCAGCGGUCGAUGAACAUUUGGCUGGACGAGAUGAUGGAAGAGAGUAUGGAGCAGGUCGUUCAAAGGGUGGAAGCACUCCUGCAAAUGGGCAAGGCAAACCAAAGAAGGGAGGGCGCUCUGGUGGGCGAGAUGGCAAGAGAUUACGGCCAUCGAAUGAUCCAGACCUGGACGACGAAGAUGACUACUAA